AUGUCCAGACAUCACUUCACAAUCGCCCUCUUCUUCACCCUCCUCGCCAUCCUCGCCACCAUCUCUUCCGCCCUCCCUGCCCCCCAAUCCCUCAAACCGCAGCCCUUCCGCUUCACCGUCAGUUCUCCUGAACUCGACGCCGUCUGGCUCGUUAACUCCCUUCCAACCGUCUCCUGGGACGCCACUCAGAUGCCUGAGGGCUCAACCCUCGACAUUGCCCUCCUCCAUCACGCCAAAAAAGAAUCUAUCCUCCUCCGCCGCUAUGUCCCCGCUCGCCGGGCCUCGAUCCCCGUCAACCUCCGCCCUGAGAUCGUCCCCGGUACCUAUUCUUUGCUUCUCACGGUCUACAACGGCCGCACUUCAUCCGUCAUUGGUCGUUCGCUCGUCCAGAGCCUGAUCCUUGUCUCUGAUGAGUCCGUUGACCCCGAGCAGGAGAUCUUGAGUCCUUCUAAAUCUGAAGCUUAUAACAACAGUCUGAACGUGGUCCAGGAAUCCGAGCUCGUCAGGCUGACCCACCAGCCCAUGCGUGGAACUCUCGUCCUCAGCGCGCCUUAUACCCUCGGAUGGACAAUCCCCAAGGCUUUGGAAGGCGAGCGACAUGUGCGCGUGAACAUCCUGCUGGUCUCUCCCGAGGAUGAGGUCGUGAGGACGUUGGCAACGAACAUUGACGCCAAGGUUGGAUUCAUCUAUGUGCUCCUGCCAAAGGAUAUUCCCCUGACGAAGUACCAGAUCAAGGUUGAGAUCAUUGGCAGCGGCAGAAAGUUCUUGGGAUACACACUCUCGUUCCAAACGACCCUGCCUGCCUUCUCCGCCAGGACGUGA